AUGGAUACACAUACUACACUGCACCGAGGAGUUUAUAACUUCGAUACGCUCGAUACGGAUAUAGAGGAAGUUACAAAAAAGUAUAGAGGACAUGCAUCGCUGCUAGUUCAUCUAUUCCCCUUGCCGUACCAUCAGUACAGUUUUGCUGCAUCCCAGGUGGCUGCGUCUCUUUACAAGUCGCCGUCAUUCUUCUCCAAAUGGGUAGAGACCGUUUACCUACACCAAGAAGAGUUCUACAACGAUCGCACCUUGCACCUGUCCCGCUCAGAAGUGGACCAGAAACUAUCCCAAUUGGGGCCUGAGAGUGGCCUGGCGGCCGCUGUGGUGCUAGACGCACUCCAAACACGCGAGUAUGACAUGGCCCUGAGAACUAGUUGGAAGUAUGGGUGUUCAAGGGGGGUCACAGGUACACCUAUCUACAUUGUAAACGGCGUGCUCACUACACCGAAGGCUAACACAAUAGAAGCAUGGGCUGAUAUAAUCAAGCCUUUAUUGCAGUAG